AUGACCAUAAAUCAACAAAGACCUAGAAGCAAAAAGAGAAGCCGAUUCCAAGCCUACCUACCGUACCUAGAGCAGAAGCAUCCGUCACAGAAAGCUAAGUCUUCUGCCUGCCGAGACUGCCACUCGGACGGCUCCCCGCAAGCCGAACCCUACUUACCUUCAUCAACCUACCUAGAGCUCGGUGAGUGGUUUACUGAACAGAAAGAAGACGGUCGUUCUCUAAGAAGCUCGUCACUCCGCAAAAAGCAGGGCACUUGUCUUACCGUCUCACUCACCUCGACACUUGCAGACCAGACCAGCCCACGUGAGCAAGCACACAGAGCAGCAUCCUUACCUACACAACAUCUCCUUCCCCAAACCGACGCCCCGGCACCCUACCUACCUACCUUAGCACCAACCCAGCGCACCGCACUAACCCGCGCCACCAUCCGCAUCAGCAUCCAGCGCACCCCGCCACACGCCACGCCAACAUCCCCAUAA